CUCAGUGCAGUGUUAAUGUACUGGAGUGUCCAGUCAACCUCUGUCUGUUUCACAGGCCACACCGAGAAUCGGGGGCGGUUCCAGAAUGUGGCAGAACUCCGGCUGGCAGGUUUGGAAGUGACGGACAGCUGUGCUCGCUUGCUCGUGCGAUACCUUCCCCACCUGACCAAGCUGGACCUCAGCCAGUGUCCCCAGGUCACUGACCAGGCCGUCCACACGCUGACCGCUCCCACCUCCCCGCUGAGGGACACACUGACACACGUUAACCUCUCAGGCUGUGCGAGGGUCACCGACCAGAGCCUGGCGCUGCUGCGGCGUUGUCCGUCCCUGUGUCGUGUGGACCUGCGCUCCUGCCGCUUGGUGUCGCCCGACGCCUGUCAGCACUGGGCCCAGAACUGCGCCCGCUUCUCCUGCCCCGAGGACAGACUGCUGCUUAAGAACAGCUAACGGGCACACACUCCCCGCCACCGAGAGAGGGAGAGAGAGAGAGACGGCAUCGUUCGCUCCUGCUCUGCUCGCACUCAUGGGACGGGCCCAGAGAGAGAGAGAGAGAGAGUGGUACCGGGAUCGAGAGGGAGUGAGACUGUGACACCGGGAUCGAGAGGGAGGGAGAGAGUGUGACACUGGGAUCGAGAGGGAGGGAGAGAGUGUGACACCGGGAUCGAGAGGGAGGGAGAGAGUGGUACCGGGAUCGAGAGGGAGGGAGUGAGACAGUGUGACACUGGGAUCGAGAGGGAGGGAGUGAGACAGUGUGACACCGGGAUCGAGAGGGAGUGAGAGAGUGAGACAGUGUGACACCGGGAUCGAGA